AAUCUUGAGCGCGAUCUUCCGCCUAAGAAAAAGUACGGAUGGAAUGGCACCGUAUCAGAGGGCACAUUAGUUCGCGUGCAGGAUCCCGCAUAACUCAGGGAGUGAAAAGCAUGCGGUGCAAAGCGGGCUGGGCGCACUCAUGCACAGCAAACGCAUUCACUAUACCAGUAUUGCCAAGCGGGAACCGUGGUUCCAUUGAAAUGAUACCCGGUCUAGGUGAGAACAAACAGGCGAAGGUAACCACGGUACGCAGUGAUGACAUUUCGACGCCACGCGACGGGGACAAGUCACUUGUGCGCUGGAAAUACUGCGAUGUCGCUCUCACCUCACACCAGCAACCUCCAUAUUACAAGGCAGGCUUGUAAUCCAUAUGGCUACUGGCCGGCAGCUGAGAUAGAACAAGAUGAUAGUGCCUAAUCUGUCAAUACAGAUCAGCAUAUACUAACAAGGUCGAAAAGGUUACGCGACAAUUACGAACAGCUG